CCAGCGUCUUCCCUCCCACGGCCCUCCUCUGCCGGAAGUGGGGCCGGUCCCCGGCGCUCUGCAGUUCCGGUUUCUCGUGGCCUACCCCACCUUCGAGUUGUACCUCCACGGGGCUAGAGGGGCCGGGGAGCGUAUCCCGCCCCCGCCCCCACCCACGCCUCCGCCACCGCCUCCGCCGCUGCCGGUCCUCAUACACUCAGAAUCCUUGGUGUCGCUGCCGGAAGUGGGGGCGCUUCGGGCGCGUGCGCGCCGGCCCCCAGCACGUUCCCAUCCGCGCGCCUGCCGGCCCGGGGCCCGACGGCGCGCUCCGGUUUCUGUAUCCGGCUCGGGACGCUUCCGUUCGUAGUGGGGACAGUCCAGGAGGUAGGCCUGUGGGCCUGGCGAACUGUCCCCAUCACGAGAACCGUCAAAAGUGUGCUUGCGAGGUGGGCCACCUUGACUUCCGAUCUCCCUCACUUCGCGCCUCUGGCCUGUGGGUACAGUUACUAGGAUCACUCUUCUCAGGGUUUUCUACAGACUGUUAGACAAUGGGACUCAGUAGAAAAUGAGAAUAUCAUCCUGCUGUCAUCCGUAAGCCACUCUUCCCAACUGCACUCCCACCAUUUGCUGUCCUCAUGUCUACUUUACUCUUGAAUCUGGAUUUUGCCGAAUCUCCUCUCAAAAAGUCAUUAGAAGGAAAUGCCAAGCAUAGAAGUUUUGUCAAGAGGCGAAGGCUCUUGGAACAGAGAGGUUUUCUUAAUAAAAAGAACCAACGUUCUAGUAAGGUGCCUAAACCACACUCAGAACCUACAAAGAAAGGGGAAACUCUGAGAGUCGAUGGCACUGGGAAGAUCGAUUCUCUGCGAAAAAAGAAGACAACUGCCUCCAGCAAUGGGUCAGAGCAGUCCCUCCGCAAGAAAGCUACAGUGUCUUGGCUGACCCCUGCUCCUUCAAACAAGACUGAUUCUGUUGUGGGUAAAGUAGAUUUGCUGGGGGAGUUCCAGAGUGCCCUUCCAAAGAUUAAGAGCCCUCCAGCUCGCUCCCAGAAGAAGAUCCCUCAGAAGAAGCCCCCUCAGAAGCCCCCUGAGAACAGUGUCACACAGAAUUCCACCCAAGCCCACUCAAAGAGUGUAUGCUCUGGUGCUUCAUGGAAACCAGGGAAGAUGGUGGCAGUUGACUGUGAGAUGGUGGGCACAGGCCCCAAGGGGCACGUUAGUUCCUUGGCUCGGUGUAGUAUUGUUAACUAUGAUGGAGAUGUGCUUUAUGAUGAGUAUGUCCUUCCCCCCUGCCCCAUUGUGGACUACCGGACCAGGUGGAGUGGUAUCCGUAAGCAGCACAUGGUGAAGGCUACACCCUUUAAGACUGCUCGGAGCCAGAUCUUGAAGAUCCUUGCCGGAAAGAUCGUAGUGGGACAUGCCAUCCACAAUGACUUCAAAGCCCUGCAGUACUUUCACCCCAAGCCCCUCACCAGAGACACCUCCCAAAUCCCCCUCCUCAAUCGUAAGGCAGGCUGCCCAGAGAAUACCACCAUGUCUCUCAAGACUCUCACCAAGAAGCUGCUGAGCCGGGACAUCCAGGCUGGAAAAGGUGGACACUCUUCCGUGGAAGAUGCCCAGGCCACUAUGGAGCUGUACAAGUUGGUUGAAGUUGAGUGGGAACAGCACCUGGCCCAGAAUCCCCCAAAAAACUAGCAACUGUGGAGCAGCAGAAGCAGCACCCAGGAGAAUGGGCAACAGCCCCCCUACACAUAACCAAGCAUACCUGGGGAAGCUGGAAUUGUUGGGGAGAGAGGCUCCACCCCAGACUCAAUAGCCAUUGCAAUUUCACCUCGCUCUUGUGUUUCAUGUCUGAUUAAGUAUCCUAUAGAAGGGGAAGUCUUUGUGUUGAACCCAGCCCUGGAUUGUUUACCUCGCAAAUGGUGCUAACCACAGGUCCCUGGGUGCUUUAUGUUGGCCAAGCAGCAGGGCAUACUGGGAAAUGUAGUUUCCCACCUGCCUUACCACUGGGUAGCCCUUUCCCUCUUCAGGUGGGAGGGUGUGUUGCCCAAUCUGGCCUUGACUGCCUGGACUCCACCAGUCCUCCCUCUUCAGUCUCUGGAGUAGCUGGGAUUAUUUUUACACACCACCAUAUACCCACCAGGUCUCAUUUUUAUGCCUUUAUUUCUCAAGUAAUUAACAAGACCCUUUUAUUUUCAAGUGUUUUGGGGCUGGGUGUGACUCAAAGGUAGAGCACCUGCCUAGCAUGUGUAAGGCCUUGGGUUUGCUCCCCACCAACUCCCCCUCCCCCAAGUAUCCUGGUUGGACCCUGAAUUGUAUAGUCCUGUUCCAUAUCACAGACCUUGCUUUUGGUGCACCUGACCUGCCAGGAUGUAACUUGCUGGCUUGCAGAGGAGCCAUCUGGAGAGCAGUUUAGUUCCUAGGGUUGCAAAGCAGUGAGGUGACAGUACAGCUUAGAAAUCAACUUUUCUGAUACAGAAAAGCUGAAGGAUUUAUUUAAUUUAGUUCUGCUUGGUGGGUUUAAAAAAAUUUACAUUGUUUUAAUAUUUUUUAAGUCCUCUUUUACCUUGCUAAAUCAAGUCUCUUAAAAACUCAUGAUUAUUUUGAUAAAUUUUUAUAACGGAA